UUUAAUAGCUUCUCAUACAUACAUACACAGAGAGAAACCCCAACUCACACAACCAUUCUCCUCUUUCACUCAAAAACCAAACCCUAAUUAAACGACACACCGUUUUGAUAAACGAUGGGAACACCGGAAACUUCCAGAGAACCAUGUCCCGAUCGCAUCCUAGACGACAUCGGCGGCGCCUUCGGUAUGGGAUCCGUCGGCGGCUCCGCUUUUCACUUCCUCAAAGGUCUCUACAAUUCCCCUAAAGGUGACCGUUUAAUCGGCGCAACACAAGCUGUUCGCCUCAACGCACCACGAAUCGGCGGUAGUUUCGCCGUUUGGGGUGGACUUUUCUCGUCUUUCGAUUGUACUAUGGUUUACGUUCGUCAGAAAGAAGAUCCAUGGAAUUCGAUCGUUGCCGGUGCUGCUACCGGUGGUUUUCUUUCCAUGCGUCAGGGUUUUGGUGCUUCGGCGAGGUCCGCGGCGUUCGGCGGUGUUCUUCUUGCGCUUAUUGAAGGUGCUGGUAUCGCGCUUAAUAAGUUUCUUAGUGCACAACAGCCUUUGCCGAUUUUGAUGGAGGAUAUGCCGCCGCAAGAAUUGGAGGCGAAUAACAACGGCGGCGUCGGGAAGUCGUGGUUUGGUGGAUUUUUUGGUGGAGCGAAGGAAGAAGAGAGGGAUGGGGGAAGUGAGGUGAAGAUUCUUGAAAGUUUUGAUGCUCCUCCUGUGCCUAAAUUUGAGUACAAGUGAAAUUAGGGUUUGGUUUUUGAGGUAGUUUUGUUUUUGUUUUGAAAUUUGAAUUGAAAUUGAAAAAAUUAGGGGUUUGUUUUGAACCUCUAUUAGUGAUCGUUGAUUUCUUGGUUUUCUAUUAUGCCUUAUAUUAGUUACAUGGUUAAUCCUAUUUAAAUUAAAACAAUAAUGAUGUGUAACAAACAAGUGUAGUAGUAUACUUUCAUUACAAUGAUUUUUUUUAAUUUUGUUAUAA